UGUCCGCGUGACGAGGCGCCACGCUCGGAUAACGGAGCGUUUUGUGAAGCACUUUUUUAAACGCACGUUUGCGACCGAAAGCGCGCGAGCUGUCUCAUCGGUGGGAAUCUAUUAACGUUCAGUUUCCAUCUUUUCCAUUCUUAAGCGGCUCUGUGAAUCCAGGCUGGACUAACUUCACCGUCCCUCAGUGUUCUGACCGCUGUGGGCAGUGGACGGACGCACGGCUGGACUGUCAGGUGGGAGUGAUCAGAGAUGAGGGGAAGACUCUUCAUAAUCCACUCUUUGGCCGUCUCCAUCUCCUUAACGUUGUUUUGGCAAACAAGGUCGGUAUGUGCAGAUACUACAACAGAUGCCUUCAAAAACAACAUCACCCUCUUCACACGUAUCCUGGACCGACUGCUGGAUGGCUAUGAUAACCGGCUCAGGCCUGGACUGGGAGAUCGAGUCACCACUGUGAAGACUGAUAUCUAUGUCACCAGUUUUGGGCCUGUUUCAGACACAGAUAUGGAGUACACAAUAGACGUGUUUUUCAGACAGAGCUGGAAGGACGAGAGGUUGAAAUUUGAGGGACCAAUGAACAUCCUGCGUCUGAACAACCUGAUGGCCAGCAAAAUCUGGACUCCAGACACUUUCUUUCACAAUGGGAAGAAGUCGGUGGCACACAACAUGACCAUGCCCAAUAAGCUACUGCGCAUUCAGGACGAUGGCACAUUGCUGUACACUAUGAGGUUAACAGUACAUGCAGAGUGUCCGAUGCAUCUUGAGGAUUUUCCCAUGGAUUUCCACUCUUGUCCUCUUAAAUUCGGCAGCUAUGCGUAUACAAUAUCAGAGGUGACGUAUACUUGGACGAAGAAUGCUUCAAACUCAGUGGUAGUGGAGGGGGAGAGCUCCCGAUUAAACCAGUAUGACUUGCUGGGACAGACUGUGGGCAAUGAGACCAUCAAAUCCAGCACUGGCGAGUACACAGUGAUGACAGCUCACUUUCAUCUGAAGAGGAAGAUUGGUUAUUUUGUGAUUCAGACGUACCUGCCAUGCAUCAUGACAGUCAUCCUGUCUCAGGUGUCCUUUUGGCUCAAUCGGGAAUCCGUGCCUGCCAGGACUGUGUUUGGUGUGACCACUGUGCUGACCAUGACCACUCUGAGUAUCAGUGCCCGUAACUCCUUGCCUAAAGUGGCCUAUGCUACAGCUAUGGACUGGUUCAUUGCUGUGUGCUACGCCUUUGUCUUCUCUGCCCUCAUUGAAUUUGCUACUGUCAACUACUUCACCAAGCGUGGCUGGGCCUGGGACGGCAAAAGUGUGGUCAAUGACAAGAAGAAAGAGAAAGCAUCAGUGAUUAAGAAAAACAAUGCCUAUGCAGUGGCUGUGGCUAACUACGCUCCCAACAUCACCAAGGACUCCGUCCUGCCCACCAUCGCUAAGGGUGGAGUGGCGGACCCAGGCAAGGCCAAAACCGAGAGCAAACCAGCCGAGAACAAGAAAUCCUUCAACAGCGUGAGCAAGAUUGACCGCAUGUCCCGCAUCAUGUUCCCCGUGCUCUUCGGAACCUUUAACCUUGUCUACUGGGCCACCUAUUUAAACAGAGAACCCGUUAUCAAAGAUAUGGUCCCUUCCAACCAGUAAUUUCCUGUAGUAGCGCUAAAGAUCCACUGAUCAGGACUAAAGAGAAAGCCAAAAAACAUCCAGGGACUCCAUCCACUCAUUCACGUACGCAAGCAGUUCAUCGAUAACAGACCGCCGAGCCAUGGAUCGUUGCAGGACGCCUCUCUUUCUCUUUCCUCUCUUUUCUACACCUUUUUCUGCAGUGCUUUUGAAAUGACAUUGGCCUUUGUAAAUAUGUAUUUAUGGAUAAAAUUAUAUGCCUUGUAUGUCUCUAUUUAUUUAUUUAUUUAUUCA